AUGGCAUCACCAAUUAGCAACGACUCCUUUCUACAGUGGGAUGCCGCCCAAGUGUCAACAUAUAUAAAUUCAAUUUUACCCCACGAACAACGGCGUAUCGGUAAUGUAUUUCUAGACAAUAAUGUUGAUGGAUCGUUGCUUCCAUUUAUCACAACAGAACAUUUGAAGGAAAUCGGCAUCAUUUCACUUAAAACACGUCUUGUCAUCAAAAAAGGAAUCAGUGAUCUUAUUGCAGCACAUUAUUCUAAAUAUCCACCAAAAUCAUACAAUGACCCAGAUUACAAAUUGAAUCAUGUCAACAUUAGCAACAACUACACAACGGUGCAAUCCUUGAAUCUAUCUACAGUGUUAAUGCAAGAUAUGAUGAAAAAGCUAAACUAUGAGUUACAUAAACAAAAAUCAACAUUUGUUGCCUCAUCCCCGAUUUCCCCAACUCACGAUGAAAUGAAGAAACUCAACGACAAUUUUAUCAAACUCAAAACGGAUUUGAUACCAAUAAUAAGAUUAUUGAAAGAUUCCAAGCCAUUACCAACCCCGACUCUAGAUCCUGGUCCAGCUGCAUCCAUGGACUCGCCCUCAUAUUUCUCGUCACACCAUCAUUUAGAGCAUGACAGUUUUGAAAAAGGUUUAUCUCGAUCGGGAAGUGGUAACGCUAUGACCAGUAACAAUAGGACACCAACGACAAUACCCAGUCCAGCAUCGAAUAGGUUUUCUUCUGGGUCAUUAUUAUCCAUGGGAACUGGGAAAAUAGUAUCACAGUCUGUCCCCAAAUAUCCAGAGAAUAAAGCAAACAACGAUUUCACGUUACAAAAAGUUGGUCUACCUCGAAAUAAUUCAAAUAAGAGCUUAGAGUCUCAUGACAGACAGCAAAAUGCUAGUGGAAUCAGACCAAGAUUAGUACAAAACCCAUCAUCUAAUUCAAUGCAUACGGUUACGUCACCGGGUGGCAUACCACCGCAAUCUGCUUCAGCAGUAGCAACUGCAGCAAUAAAUGGCCAUGGUAGUGGUUAUAUUCCACAGGUUUCUACUCCUCCCAAUCAGUUGGGCCACCACCAUAAUCCUGGAACCGAGCCAUUGAAACAACUCAGAGCUUCAACAGAUGACUCGUGUUUGAAGAUUCUACAACAGGCGAUGAAGCGACACCAUAUACCACGUGAGGAUUGGUCAAGAUACGUGUUGGUUAUAUGCUAUGGCGACAAGGAGCGAAUCUUAAAAUUAGCUGAGAAGCCUGUAGUGAUAUUUAAAGAACUACAGGAAUUGGGGAAACAUCCUGCUAUUAUGCUUAGACAAUUGGCAGAUUCUUCAACAGAUGACUCGGGGCCUGAAUCUGCAAUGUAUAAUGAUGCUAGAAUAGGUACUGAAAUCCCGGGUGGGACUUUGUAG